GAUAGUCCCGCAAGUUCUGGAAAAUCUCUGACCAGAGGUGAGUUCAUGCUGAACUGAACCAACUUGGCCGGCCGCAACUGUGACUGGGAGGCGGGGAAGCCAGAUAGCACUCCACGUGCUGACUGGUAUUCGAUCACGCUGACUAACGGAUGCGCCGCUGCCCAAUAAGUUUCAGUGUGCAGCCUUGGUACAGUCCCUGUAAUUACUCACUUUCGUCCUUCGUCACCUAUGUGUCUAUGCUGCUCACGUUUCUUACGCUUUGAGCGAGUAAAUUCCACCCAUUUACGUAUUCCGCAUUGCGAUAACCCUGCUUCAGACUCGAAUUCACGAGCUAUCGGAAUCCAUACCGCGAUAAUUGUGACUAGCGUGACACUCCCUAGACUUGCACUACGACCAUGGCCACCACGGCCUAUACAAUCAAAUCCCACUACGACCCCGUGGACCGCGAGCGCCUGGAACAGGAGACGGGCCAGAGUGGGGACAUCACGGACUCGGCUGAUGUAUGGGACGUGGAGGCACAAGCGACGUUCAAGCGAAAGCUAGCCCCACCGCCUCAUUUUGUCCCUGCAGGGUCCUUGUCGACAUUACAGCCAUCCGAGCACCUGGAACUUCCAUCGAGCUCUCUGGGAAUUGCGGUAAAUCUUUGGCUUCCGACACCCAUCCACUACCGCGAUCAUCUAUAAAGCCUCCCCCACCCGAAACGCGAACUAAGAACAAUUGGUUCAUCCAAAAUGUCCUUAGCACCCAACCGGUUGCGGCAGUAGCCCCGCCGCCGACACUCGCGGACAUCCUCGCGCGGGACCCACCUCCGUUACCCCACGAGCCUCAGCACUCUCCGCCGAUAUGGCUUGCAAUCGGUCCGUCCAACAAAGGAUACGAGAUGCUGCAGAAUAGAGGGUGGAAUGAGGGAGAAGCUCUGGGCAUCGGUGUUCUUAGGGCGAAUCGGAUGCGGCCAGAGCCGGAAGUCAUCGACUUGACUGAGCCCGACCGUGACCCCGAGUCGGAUGAUUACUCAGAGCCAGAAAUCGCGUCAGCCUCCGGGUCCUCAUCGCGCACUGCAUUGGUGACACCGAUCGCCACGGUUCUCAAGUCGGAUCGGUUGGGGAUCGGUCUGAAAGCCAAGACUGUCGGUCCGUACCGCGCAUCGCAGAAGCGCGUCACGCACAACGCUGCUGCCAUGCUUGCUCACGUGAAAGCUGCGGAAGAGUUGAGGAAACAGAAACGGAGAUAUGGCCGCGGAUAUCGUGGACAUGCGCGCCAGGAGAAAGCACAGAACAGACAGCGACGGGAGAUGCUCGCAUAUCUCAAUGAACCCUGAACUAGAAUGCAUCCGGCUUAUAAUACAAUUAAGACGUUAUGUUUCUCCCCAUCCCCCUUCCCUGCAUUUGACUUCUGAUACAAACAUCUGUAACCACUGCAUCCUGAAUAUGAAAGCGAUUAGAACCUUGGGAUUGACAAGGGCACAGCGGACUGACAUCUCUUUGCUCAGGUUGCAAC